AAACAAUUUCCAAAAACAUGCGGGACGUGAUUUGAAAUAUAUAAUUUAAAAAAAGGACUGGAUUUAGAGUAACCUCGCGCAGUAAAUCUGGGUCUCGUUGUAAUGUCAGCUGUAUGAUGGGGCGCUUGUUCUGAUGGUCCAAACCUCCCUUUUUGGCGGUAACAGCCCCGUGUUCAUUUGCUGCUAAUUGGACUAUAUGAGACCAAUAACAACCGAGCGCACACAGCCUGCAGCUAGAGAGCACAGAGAGGGGAGGACUCUCUCUCUCUCCCCCCCUCUCGCUCUCUCUCUCUCUCUCUAGUCACCGUCUCUCCCUUAAUCCCAUUUGCCAUUGUACAUGCCCAAUCGCCUAUACUUUCCGCAUUUAACUUGGAUGACAUUUUUAUUUCAUCAUUAGCAUCAGACACCAGACUGACUGACACGGUGGACCCAGUUCUUGCGUUUUAACGGAAGAGCCCGGGAUGAGGCAUCUCCAUGUUUGUAAGCGCGUGUGCUCUUUUUGCCUCUCGAACAGUUUAUUUCAUUAUUUUCUAGCCUAGACGGACGCGUUUCUUUUUGGUGAGCUUUUCGGCUGUGAAAUCAAGUUUCAGAGAAUAAAACAGGAACUCCUCGUAGCCAGGAUAACGACAGCCUGUAAGUCAACAUUGCCUUCCCCCCCUUUAAAAAAAAAAUAAUUCCUGCUUCCGUGGUCCCCUCGCGCUCAGACCACAACAACAGCGAUGCCAGAGACAACGCAAGAGACGUGCGCUUCGGCCAAGGACUCUCCUUUCUUCAUUAAGAACCUGCUGAACUGUGAUAGCAAACCGUCCAAGCCCAAGCCCGUACUGGCGGCCACCAAGGCAGCUUUAGAGGGAGGAUUUUCCCUUUCCCAGGUUGGUGACUUCAACUUUCCACGCUUCGACCUGCCCGCACAGAGAUUCAGUCUACCCGCUCACUACUUGGAGCGCACCUCAGCGUGGUGGUACCCUUACACCCUCAACUCAGCCGCCCAUCUACACAGAACUGAAGUCACCGAGAAACCAGGAGCCAGAGACUCCUCUCCAACUUCGGGCACGGACAGAGACUCGCCGGACCUGGCGCUCAAAUCCGAGCCAGACACCAAAGAUGACGACGAGGACGACGAGCACAACAACAACAAAAGCAGUGACGAGAUAAUCCUGGAGGAAAGCGACACGGAAGAGGCCAAAAAAGAUGAACUGGAGGAGUGGAAGAAAAGGGACGAUGACAAGAAGCCGUGCCGCAAGAAGAAGACGCGCACGGUGUUCUCACGGAGCCAGGUGUUCCAGCUGGAGUCCACCUUCGACAUGAAGCGAUACCUGAGCAGCUCGGAGCGGGCCGGCCUGGCCGCUUCCCUUCACCUGACGGAGACUCAAGUGAAGAUCUGGUUUCAGAACAGGAGGAACAAGUGGAAAAGGCAGCUGGCCGCGGAGCUAGAGGCUGCCAACCUGAGCCACGCUGCGGCGCAGAGGAUAGUCCGGGUGCCCAUCCUCUACCACGAGAACUCGGCCUCGGAGAGCGGAGGCGCCACUGCCAACGUGCCCGUGAGCCAACCGCUCCUCACUUUCCCGCACCCCGGCGUCUACUACUCCCAUCCCAUCGUCACAUCUGUGCCGCUGCUCAGACCAGUUUGAAAAUAGUUGAGUUUUUAGGCACAGCUUGGUGUCUGUUUCCUAUAUCAACUCAUUAAAAAAAAGAAAGAAAUCAAAAAUAAAAAGGACAAAAUAUUUUUAUACAACCGAGUGAAUGAAAAAAAGGAAAAAUGAGAGACUGUCACUGUCAGGCUUUCAUGGACCUAUUUUUGGCAAAUAGAUUGUUUCAUUUUUCAUAAAGAUGCCGUUUACACGUGAUCUGACAAUUUGAAUCCCAUUAUUAUUAUUAUUAUUAUUAUUAUUAUUAUUAUUAUUAUUACCUCAGGAGUCCACUUGCUUACACUGCCUGAUGAGUGUCUUUAUUAUUUUUUUUCCUCCCAGACUUUACACUGCGUUUGUAUCUGGACACGUCAGCUGUGUGACUAAAAAAAAAAAAAAUCACCAUGUUUACAAAAAGUGUCGGCCUGAAGGCGACACCUGCUCAUCAUUUAGCAUUUGAUUUUAUUCACAUUUCAAGAAUUGAUAUCACGAUGUGCAAUACACGGCAUGCUGUGAAUGAGUGAAACAGGAAACAUACGUUUUGUCAUCUGCUCAUGUUAAAAUAUUGACAAGGAUUUGAUGUAAUUAUUAUUAUUAUUAUUAUUAUUUUUAUUAUUAUUAUUAUUUUGCUUUCUAAAGCGUUUGUCGGGGGACAAUCAAGACACUCUGAGCUGUAAAAUACCCAUGUAGCUUUAUGUUUAGUUUUAGUAAUUCUCACUCUAGCCCCCUCUUCAUGGACACGUCUUUGAAGCACAAGUGUGAGGUCCAGUGUCUCCUGAGCUUUGUGUUUUUUGAGCAGGAACGGCAAAAAUAUCGACUACCCUGGUGUACAAAAUAUGUAAAUGUAUAUAUUUAAUGAGGCGCGGGGAAAGGCGAUUCCUCAUACGGCUUCUUCUUUGUACAGUUAAAACAUCGUUUUGAUAUUGUAUUGCUGAACCAUGUUGUGAAAUAAAUGGAGAAUAUUCCGUA